GAUAUGCUAUUUUGAACCCGCUGGCUCAACUAUUUUAUCACUAUUGCUCAUCGUUUAGUUGAAUCUGUUAGCUAUAAGAAACGACAUGGUGUCGCCAAGAAAAGUUGAGUUGUUCCAGGGUGUUUUAUCUUUUCUAGCUGCAUUUUUAUUCACAAAUGGAAUAUUUGAUUUGGCGUACAAUCGGCAGAUUGGUGAUCAAGAAUAUAUUGACAAUUUGUGGGAAUUGACGAGAAAUGAUUUGAACAUCAAUUUCAACAAAAGCAGUAUGAGAGACAAAUUUUUCUUCACUUUAGAACCAUGGAAAGUUAUGAAUAAUAUAAAAAAUGGCGUAUUUUGCCCAUAUACAACACAAAAGGGCCUUAUAAAAAUAGUUGUGAUGAUAAAAUCGGCGGCCGAAUAUGAAGCACGAAGGGAUAUCGUCCGUCAAACAUGGGGUAGGAUAUCUCACAUUGACAAUGUUGUCAUUGACGUUGUCUUCAUCAUUGGGUCGACGACGAAAGAUGUUCAACAGAAAAUUGAAACUGAACACUUAAAACAUGGAGACAUUCUACAGUUUAUUGGAGUCGACGACUACAGACAUAUCAGUUACAAGGUGUUGUCAGGAAUGCAAUGGGCGAAAGACAAUUUACCCAAAGAUUAUUUUUAUGCAACGGGUGAUGAUGAUUUAACGCUGGAUGUUAAGGUAUUGCCGAGACACCUAAGACGGCAUAUGAGAUACGCUCUUGAAAGAUUGCCACGUGAAAAAGCAAAUAAUCGUUUAGAGCAAAUUCAACAAAUGCCCAUUUUAUGUGUGUUUACAUAUAAAAAUAAGGCGGAACCCGCGAGGAGAUUAGAUUCCAAGUACUAUUUAGAUCCAAAAGAAUAUCCCAUGGAUUAUUUUCCAGCAUUUUGCUUGGGAGGUUGGUAUAUGAUGCCCGUAGUUAGCGCUGCUAAAUUGUAUGAUGUUUCAAGAAAAGAAAAGAUACUUCCAAUGGACGAUGUUUGGAUAACCGGUAUUUUGAGACAAAAGAUAAAACCGAAACUCAUUGAACCAAUUGAUAGUUCAAGUAUGGGGUUCAAGCCAAAGAUUGUACAGCAUUUCAGAGGAGAUACGGACUUUGCAACUGCUGAAGACAUUUUACGUCUCACUGUAUCCCACUGGAAAGAAUUGGAAGCUGGUAUAGCUGAACAUAAGCACUGUCUUCGAAAAUAGUAUUAUUUUAAUUAUUUAAAACGCAUACAAAUAAACAUUUGUAUGAAUUCGCAUGUAAGUUGAUGCAAGAGGAGUUUUUACUAACGUAUUUUUUCAACACAAAAUGUUUUAUAGGCAGAGAAUCUCUGCCUCAGAGCUAAGAUCUGAAGCCCGACCCGACCCGAAAUUCGGGCGGGUCGGGCCUGAAAUGUCAAUCAUUACGUUCGGAUCGGGUUGGGCCGGGCUUCUCUAUCGCUGACUUUUUUUUAAAUAAAUAUAUGUUUAUAAAAAAUAUAUACUAAAACUAUGUGUGGAUACCAAACUAAGGAAUACUUGUUAUAAAAUAAAUAAUUUGGAUAAAACAGAGAAGGAGCCGUAAUUGCUAUUUAACUACUAAACACGAGUCGCAGAGCAGAGCAGGCUUUGUGCACGUGAACACUGCCCUCUUAAUAAUCUUCCCCUCGGCAAGAUUUUGACCUGGUAUUCCCAGUAUGGAGCAGCAAGAAGUAAAGGAUAAACUAAAGACAGAGGAACUGAAAAAGAAAACACAUAUCGGUAAGAGCAAGGUUUAGAAAACCUUUGAACUGAUUGUUGGAAAUCCUGCAGAAACUUGCGUGGGCUUCGCUGAUCUAGUUUGUGUAGAUUUAUUAUAGGCCUAGGCUAUUUCUGUGUUCUUGCUCUUUGAUCAUUUCAUAAGAGUUUCCUCUUUCAGACCAAAUUAAAUGUAGAGAAAAUUAAAGUUUCUAUCUUAAAAUUUUCUAAACAAAACCAUAGGAAUAACAAUUUCAAAUACUUUUUUCCAUUUGUUUGAUUUGCAUUAUUC